AGAGGGCCGGGCAGAGCGUCGCUACCUUGCUAUGCAGGUGGAGCAGCUGCGGCGCAAGUUGGACCACCUGCGGAACACCUGCCAGGUGUCGCGUGAGUGCAAGCUGGGCGUGGGCGCGGAGGCUGACCUGUCGGCGGUCGAGGAGAAGCUGACGGCGUCGCUCGACCUUCGCUGGCCCGGGAAAAUCGCCAAUCAGCAGUCUCGACAUGUUGCCAACAUGAAGCAGUUGCAGGCCGAGGUAUCCGGCAGGACGAGGAGCUACGCGCCCUCCAGCGGGAGGAGGCAGCUCUAGCGGCUCACAUCCUCGCCCUUCGUCAGGAGAAGGACCACCUCCACUACCACCUCGCUCAGACGCCUGUGAUCUCGGAGGCUCUUCCACCU